AUUGUGUCUCAUGGAGGGAGAGAGAAGAGAUUUUGCCGCCGCGGGGAAGGGCUGGCGCGCGCCGCGUUAUGGUGUAGUUAGAGUCCAGUCCGUACGUUAGACAGGGCCAGAGGUGUGUCCAAGUCGCGAGUUUGACAAUCCAGACAAGCCGCCGAAAUGUAUGGCUAUGAGGCAGUGAACAAAGUCAUGACGUCGGUGGAAGAGUUCCAGGAAGCGUUCCAGCUUUUUGAUAACCGGGGUGAUGGCAAAAUAAAUGUUGGUCAAAUCGGAGAUGUGUUGCGUGCUUUGGGACAAAAUCCCACAGAAUCUGACGUAAAAAAAUUCACCCAUCAGCACAAACCAGAUGAACGGAUUUGCUUUGAAGUCUUCCUUCCUAUCUACCAAGCUAUCUCCAAAAGCCGCACUUCCGACACUGCUGAUGACUUUAUUGAGGGCCUGAGGCACUUUGACAAGGAUGGCAGUGGUUUCAUUUCAUCUGCUGAACUGCGCCACCUGUUGUCAACCCUUGGAGAAAAACUGACUGAUGAUGAAGUGGAACAACUUCUGGCAGGCCAAGAAGACUCUCAAGGAAACAUCAAUUAUGAGGAGUUUGUGCGGAUGGUGAUGUGUGGAUGAAUAUCUUAUUGCAGUGCAUUAUAUGUCCCAAGGACGGGCUUUACGAGUAGAUCUAUUAUUUAAGAAUUUACUUUGAUUAGGCAGCAUUUCCAAAUUUAUUCACUCAUGUGGGUUUCAUGUACUUUAAAAUUGUGAGUGCUGUUAUAUGAAUGAGAUGGUCUAGUUACCGUAUUUGGAAGUAUUAUUUAUAUUUUUAUUCAUUGUUUUGUGAUUGGUUGAAAUCAUUUGAUUACUCUUAACUUGUGAGCAAGAUCAAGUAAUUUAUGAAAUCCUGUAAGGUUGUA